GUUAUGCCAGCUCCAGCUGCUCACCAGCUGGCCGGGCGAUUUUCGUAUAUAACUCAAAUAAUAACAAAAGUAUCCAUAAAAUGGAUGAGAUUGAAUACAAACUGAACACUAAAAACAGUGUUCUAAUAGUUAACGCGAUCGACAAGCUUCUCGCUACUAUCAAAUCGAAGUACAAGCCUAUUGAACGUCAAAGGUUUGUGAAUGAAAAUGAGGAGCUGAAGUUUCUUAGGGAGAAGUGUUCCUCGACGGAUGCCACGGUCAGCAUGACAGCGUGCCAGGGUCUGCUGGCGCUGGUGGAGCUAGGAGUCCUGGAGAUAGCUCAUACCAUGUCUACUGUGGUCACCUUAUUGCCUAGCACACACAACUACUCAGCAAUAAUAUCUACAAUGUCUGGUCUCCUCAUCCUGGAUCUGAAGGCGCGCCUGGUGCCUGGUCAGCAGUACAAGUGCCAGUUCAGCCUCAAGUCUCCGCAACACCUGUUCAUCACGGUACUCGAGAAGAAUAAAGCAGCUGAAGAUGUUAUCCUCGCUCAAAUGCAUUCUUUGUGCACACAUCCUGAUUACAUUGUAUCAUCAAACAGCUUAGAACUCCUGAGGCCAGUGUUCCUCUGGCUGACUUGCCACCCCAAGAGGGAGAGCAGCAUCAAACCCUGGCAGCUGCUGCUUGGUUUACCACAGAGCACCGCCCAGUCUUCACUCAUAUUUGCCUGUCUUAGUUGUCAACAGAUUAGCAAUGAAGCACUAAUAGAUCGCUCGUUCGCCGCAUACACCGCUGUGACCGAGGCGGCGUUGUACCGACAAAACCGCGACCACGUGGUGGCACUGCUGCCCAUGCUCGCCCGGGUAUCCAACCAGCUUAUGAAGCUCUGUCGCGACCCGCGUCCCUGCUACGUGCUGCUAGAGCGCUGCUUCGCGCUCGACGCGCCUGAGCUGCGUUCUGUGGCAGGCAUCACGCUCAUGCUGUUAGCUGAGAAUCUCUCUGAAACGUCCGCCUUGUAUCUACUCGACCUGCUGAAUUUGGCUCUCAACAUAAUCAGUAAAUACGAAUACUCAGCAAUAUCAUUGAACGUAUUCGUAGCACAAGCUCUCCAGUGGCUGAACCUCCCGUCCUACCUCACCGCAGCCGCCCUCAAAGUCGGCUCCAAAAUACUCACAACAUACAAGCACCACUACAAAGACGACCGAAGACUUUAUUCGCCUAAUUUAAAAGCAAAUAAAACCUUCCAAGCUUUAUUAUACUCAGACAGCCGUCUAUCAAUCGUUUUUAAGGCCAACCAAAAUUGGGAGCGUAUAAGAGAUGACCCGGACAAAUUGAAAAGUUGGCUUGAAUCUCUAUCUUCGAUAAACGAUGAUGUCAAAUUGCAAUUGCUACCAUUUUUUAUGGGUAUGAUUAUGGAGAAACGUAAAGAAGAGUGGUAUGAGGAGAUAAUAUUAAUAGUGCUUAAGAUACUUGUGGAUUUGGUGCAAAAUAACAAGGAUUUUACAGUGCAGAUGUUGCCAUUGUUGGUGUAUUUGAUAGCUAAUGAAAGGAAUCCUGCUGUGAAACUGCAGUGUUUCAAAGCGUUGCCUUUAAUGGCGAAAAGUAAAGAGAAUGUGCCAGAUAUAGUAAAAGUGCUACAGAAGAUAAAGUCGAACAAGGGAGCGCCUACUUCCCUCCUCAUCUUGAUAUACACCAGUUUAGCAGAAACACAGGUGCGAUGUUUCCCGUACUUACAAGAGAUGUUGGUGGACCAGAAUAUCGGGAGACCAGACGACCUCAAAUGGGAACUGGACAUCGCUAAGGCUUUGUCGGUACAACGCAUCUGUGAAAUACGCCCCUCAAGCCACGGGCUAGAGCUAGUGUCGGUGAUCGCAUCGCUCCUCAACCGCUGUACCGACCGCUCCGGGGCCGUGGUAACAGUCGCCUGUGUUGAGUCCUUGGCGCGGCUGUGGCGCUGCGCCGCGCUGGCGCCGCACUCCACGUGGGCAGCCUUACAGCCCAAGCUGGCGAAGGAUCAUAGGCCUACUGUGCAGAUCAGCAUCUGCCAGCUCCUCAGCGAAGUGCCCUCGCUCCGGGUGGCCACUCCUGAGUUCGACAACCUGAUCUCCGAGGCAGUUCGCAAGCUAUGGAGCGUGGUGGCCGAGGGUAGUCUCCCUGAAGUGGUGGAGGCUGGCUGCGAUGCACUCGCUACGUACAAGAUCGAUGAUUAUAAGCUCGCUGAUGUACCUGAGAUAUACAGGAGGACAGUGAAACUACCAGCAUCAUAUUGCAAGACCCCUGCUGAUGCUGCCAGAAGACCAGAAGAGGUAUUAGACUACGUACCAUGCGAGAUCUGGCCAGAAGUGUUUAAGUACACGAACCUGAGCGCAUUAGGAGGGGUAUCUAGACUCGCGGCCCGGCUCAUCGAGCGCGAGGUACGCGGGUACCGCUCCGGACAGUACGCGCUGGAGCGGCACGAGCCGGCCUCGCUGCAGCACCUGCACCCCACCAGCGUGGCCAGGGGACUGGUGGACUGCUUCAGGAGACAGGCCACAUCACCCUCCUACGAUUUCCCCGACACGGUCCUCCUCGCCAUACUCCAGGCUCUUACCUCAGAGUUCCCCAAACCUCUUCCUCCGUUCGACCUAUGCUUCUUACCCGAGGUGUUCCACCGAGGCUUGGAGUGGAGGCGCGGGUGUGUCACCCUGGCGGCGAGGCAGGCUCAGGUGUCUCCGUCCGGGAGGAGGAUCUUGGAGACUUAUCUGCAGGGAGUCAGCUCUGGGAGUGCUGAGGAAUCAGACACCAUCUUAGUCUUCGACAUUCUGCCAAUACUCUGCCGAAGCAUGCCACCAAAUUCCCUCCGGCCUCCCAUAGAGAAGUCUCUCUCUGACUCCUUUGCCGCCGUCUCCAGCUUCAAGCUGAAGGGUCGAGGAGAUGAGAAGGAGCACCUGUUCAUCCAGCAGAUAGAGAAGAUCAGGCAGUGUCUGGAGUGCGAUAAGAUACAUGAUGCCAAUAGGACCUUGCUGUCGCAGAUAGUCGAGCAGUAUUUCUCUAUGAUUAGUGAUGAUAAUGUGGCAUGGCCAUCAUUCGUGCUCUGCUGCCGCAGCCUAUCCAGCAAGUACUUGGAGCGCAUGACGUCACCGUCAGGCUGGUGGUCGGUGUCGGCGCCGCUGCUGCGCAAGGCGAGUGCAGUGCGCUGCGCUGUAGCUGCGCUACCUGAAACGAGUAACGCGCUGAACUGGCUCAAUGAGAUUAUUGAUGCUCAGGCUAGCCAGAUCACCGAACAAGAGUACUCUCUGCGCUGCAUGGUGCCGGCGCUGAAGGCAGUCGAGCCGGAUGCCGAGGCCACCAGGGAGUGGUUCCUGCAGCUCAUGGGACGGACGCAAGUCGCCUUCAACGAAACUGAAGACAAAUCGGCGAAGCUGUACCUAUGCGAUGUCUUCAUGCUAUGCGUGGUGGUGUUCAGCGGGCUGUGGGCGCUGGAGUCUGAGGAGCAGCUGUGUGGCAGCCGCAGCGCCAGGCAAGCCCUGCUGCCGCCUGCUGCUGCCGAACUGCUCACCAGGAGCACUUGGGCUAACUGCACUCUGCAGAUGCUGGAGUGGCUGUGCCACACACGCACGGCAGCAGGCGACAGCAGCACGGCGCUCGCGUGCCAGCGGGCUCUGCUGGCCGCCCGACACGCCGCGCCAUUCGCUACACACAACAUAUGGAUGAGGCUGGAGAGCCACUUCGGACGUGAUAUCAUCAUUGAUGAAUAAAUAUUUAAGCUAUAUACUAAGCAUGACUUGUAUUAUGUGACUUAUGUAUAUUAAUAUACGUUAUCGACUGAAUAUUUUAUAUUGACGACAUAUAAUAUAAUUAUUAUCUAGUCAAAUAAGAUUGUUGUAUUCGAAUAGGUUUAGACAGGGCGCAUUGGUUACUUUUGACACCGUGACUGUUUUGACCAAAUAAAAAUGCUAUAGGCUAGUA